GGCCGGGGCGCGCCGGUAGGAACAGUAGCGGCUCGACGGCAGGGCGGCUCGGCGACCCGGCUGCUGGGCGGCUCGGCGGCUCGGUUGCUGGGCGGCUCGGCGGCUCGGCGGCUCGGCUGCUGGGCGGCUCGGCGGCUCGGCUGUUGGGCGGCUCGGCUGCUGGGCGGCUCGGCGGCUCGGUUGCUGGGCGGCUCGGCGGCUCGGCGGCUCGGCUGCUGGGCGGCUCGGCGGCUCGGCUGUGGGGCGGCCCGGCUGCUGGGUGGUUCGGCUGCUCAGCUGCUGGGCGGCUCAGCGGUGGAGGGGCCGGUAGAGGCGGCGACGGGGCCGGUAGAGGCGGCGAUGGGGCCGCCAGGGGCGGCGACGGGGCCGCUAAGGGCGGCGAGGUGGCCGCGAAGGGGCGGCGACGGAGCCGCGAGGGGCGGCGACGGGGCCGCAGAGGGGCCGCAAGGGGCCUAGAGGGGCGGCGACGAGGCCGCGAAGGGGCCGUAAGGGGCCUAGAGGGGGCGGCGACGGGGCCGCAAGUGGCGGCGACGGGGCCGCGAAGGGGCCGCGAAGGGCCUAGAGGGGCGGCGUCGGGGCCUAGAGCGGCGGCGACGGGGCCGUGA